AUGACAGGCGUUUGCGCUGUCGAACCGACUAAAAGUUCAAGACCCGACAUUUCUCCGCUCGUUCAAGGCGCUGCGCUUUCCGCUGAUGUUUCCAGUACGCAUAAGUUGCUAAGUGGUGCUGUCAACUCCGAAGCUGGCGCCUUAACACGACAUGACGUCUCUACUACCUCGAAUAAUGAGGAAAGAGGAGUCAUGUUUUCUUUGACAAGGCCGUUCAAGGAUGCCAAGUUCUACACGACGAAUUACGUAGCGGAUUAUGUCUGGAACAUCCGCUUCACGGCCUAG